AUGAAGCAGUUUUGGCGUAUGAUAUUGGUCAUCAUCAGUUUGCAAGUCCUGGCGAUUGAGGGUAGUCACCAAAGGCGGCCGGCAGCGACAGCCCUGUCUUUCGACUACUACAUGAAGAGCUGCCCACAACUAGAACAAAUUGUGCAUAAAAAAAUUAUGCAAUGGAUCAAAAGGGAUCGCACCCUUGCUCCCGCUCUCAUUAGGUUGCACUUCCACGACUGCGCCGUUAGGGGGUGUGAUGGUUCAAUCCUAUUAAACCACGAGGGAAGUGAAAGGAAGGCAAAUGCAAGCAUGUCACUAAGGGGAUUUGAAGCGAUAAACGACAUCAAGCAAGAGGUGGAGAAAAAGUGCCCUAAGACUGUCUCCUGCGCCGACAUUCUCACCGUCGCAGCCAGGGAUGCCACUCUCGCCGUCGGAGGCCCCUUUUGGAUGGUUCCUUUUGGAAGGAAAGACGGCCGAGUUUCCCUUGCUAAAGAAGCCGAUCACACCGUCCCUAUUGGCCGGGAAAGUAUCUCCCGUUUGAUUAACUUCUUCCAAUCCAAGGGUUUGAAUGUCCUUGACUUGGUUGUCCUCUCAGGAGCGCACACCAUCGGAAGGAGUACAUGUGAAUCUUUUCAUUUCAGGCUAUCCAAUUACAACGGUACUCUCAAACCGGAUCCAACCAUCAACCGCCAUUAUCGUAACUUGUUGAGAAGGAAAUGCAAAAAGGCAUCAGAUUACGUGAAUCUUGACGGCGUUACACCCAUUGCUUUCGACGUCCAAUACUACACAAAUCUUGAGAAGAAAAUGGGAGUUUUGCUAACAGACCAGUUGCUUUACUCUGACCGGAGAACUGAGCCUCUAGUCGCCGUCUUGGCUUCUCAGCCUUCCGUGUUUGAGCCGCAAUUUGCUGCCUCUAUGGUCAAGCUUGGAAAUAUUCUGGAUCAUUUCAAUAACGGUGAAGUUCGGCUCAAUUGUGAGCGUAUCAAUACUUAUUAA